UCCUCCUUUUAGUCGUCGUAUGCAUGACGUCAUAUAUGCAUAUAGCACUAUUCUUCUUUUUCAGCUUACAUUGAGGAGUAGAGCAGUGGACAGGGGCAAGAAGAUCAUUGUGUUUCUUGUUCCCAUAUUUGCCAGUGUCACAGUGAACAUCAUAGCAGGGUUCUUCUACAUGUCCUUCCUGCUCGUGGUCCAGAUCGUCGUAAGCAGCGCCUUCGAUGAAGAUGGAGAUAUGGUCGCUAAAGUACAAAACACAUUCAGGGUGUUUUCAGCGCUGGCGGCUGCCGCCUGUGCGCCACUUAUGAUCAGAUACGGCUUCCGGAAGGUCGCUCUCGGCGGAAGUGUUCUACUCAUCUUUUCCUGUAUCUCGUCGUCUUUGACAACCACUGCUGAUAUUCUGGCUAUACCGUACGGGUUUAUGGGAGGUAUUGCUUUGGGUCUUCUUCGGACCACUGGGGUCGUGGCUACCAUCGACUACCUCAACACACGCCCAGCUCUCGCUCUCUUCAUCAGCUACAUCAGCUUCAUUAUUGGGAACAUCAUCGGCAUCAUUGUCAUCAUCUUCGACUUGAUUCAAUAUCUGGGCAGUAGACGGAGCUGGUCUAACGUCAUGAGAGUAUUCGAGAUAACGGCUGUUAUAGGACUUCUUGCCGGAAGCUUCCUGCAGAAGAACUCACAGACCCAACAGAAUGUGCCAAAGGUUUUCAAACACCCGCCGUUCUAUUUCCUCAUAUGGAUUAGAGUUGCCGCGUCUGUAGGAUUGUCAAUUCUCAUACCGUCGGCCCAAACCAUUCCUUCUGAGAGAGGUUUCAGCACAAACUUGGCGAGUACAAUUUUGUACUUCGUCCUGUUUGGCACUCAGCUGAUUGUGCUGAUCGUUCUGCUGAUCAUUCGAAAGUUCCAGAGGGAAAACCUUAAAAAGACAGCUCUCUUAACGAUGGGAAUCCUGGUGCUGGUUAUCGGCCUUGGUACCAUGGUCCACCAGGUGGCGUUUGUUAACGUUUGGGUUGUAGGAGUUUUUACCUUGGUACUGGGUGCCGUCAUCGCGUUCGCUCAAGUAAUGAUGCCUUUAGCAUUAGUCCACACCACGGGAAGAAGCAAUUUGAAGCUUUCCUUACCAAUACUGGGCUGCUUUGAAGAGGUGGGAGGACUUGUAGGCGGUUCUAGCAUGGCUAAAAUCUUACAAGAAACGUCGUCAGUAAGUGGAGCCUUGUAUUUUGCUGGCGUGUCUCUGAUUUUUGCUGGAGUUGGAGCCAUCAUUGCGUGGGUGUUGAUAAAACGCUGGCCACCUCUCAGUGAUGAACCUGUGGCCCAGGCUUUUGUGAGAGGCGGGGAGGACAUCGCCGACGAAACAGGCGACGAACUUGGCAAUGGAGACACUACUGGGGCCCAAUAA